GGACAAUAAUGCUGAAGAAUCAGGUAAUCAAAAUUUAAGAAAGGAAAACUACAUUUAUCAGAUUUUAAACUCAACCUACGAAGGAAGUUUUUUGCUUGCAGCUUAUGAUUUUGAACAAGAUGAGGAGAAGUAUAUCAAGUGAUCGUUUAGAAGCGCUAGCCGAAGCUACAUGUAAAUUAUUUCCGGAUUUUUUAAAGGAAAGUUUUUAUACUAGACCGUCAAAUACAAAAGCUGCUGAAGGUGCCUUCCAAACCUAUUAUUCGAAGCAACGGGAAAAGGAGAUUGCUAUAGGACGACUAAAAAUAAACUUUUUGGAGAGAGGAAAAAGAACUUAUCAAGAAAAUCAAGAAUCUGAUGAUUUCGUAAAAUUAAAACAACCAGUUCACAUUAUCGAUGAAGACUACAAACAAUUAUGGUGCAAUUCUGCUUUGAAAAAAAGAAUAUCUUUCUACGAGAAGACGGAUUUUCGAACGAUUUUUGAAACAUUUUGUAAUCUUAAACAUUCUGUAGGAUAUUAUCUGGUUCAGGUCGAUUUUGAAAAGAACUUUAAUAUACAGAGCAACAUUUUUGCAGAAAAUUGGCCUUCAAUUGAGGAUAAAGUUAUUAAAAUAGCAAAGAAGAAAAAAGCUACAGACGAACUGAUCAAACAAAUAUUGCGGGAAAAUAUUAUAUAUCUUAUAUAACUUCUUUCCUCCGAUUUUUUUUGUCUUAACUAUACUCAUCCACUUUCUGUCUUUGGUCCUUUUAUGACUUCUCUAAUCACUUUUUUAUGUUCUCUUCUGACUUUAGUUUUCAAUAAUUAAGUUUACAUUUUCUAUUUUAUACUUUUCAGAUCAUAAAAACACUCUAGCGUUGAUUUUAUUACCUUUAAUCUUCAAAAGAAUAGUUAAGCAGACUACAAAGUCUAAAACUAAAACUCACUGGAACCCACACAAAGAAGAAAUAUUAAAAACUUUUAUUGUUCACAUUAAGGAAACCGUAAAUUUCAAAGAUGAACUACAAGCUGUGGAAAAUAAUCUGCUCGAAAUGCACAACGAUCACAAAAUAAAGUUGCAACCGUAUAUAAUUAUCAAUGGUCCAUCACUGAAUGACAUAAAAUCAGCGUUUGUGGUACUUGAUAAUUAUAAAUGCCAAGUAUCUUCUCCUGUCGUAGCAGUUGAUAUUUGUUUUCAGUGUAUAAAAGUGUUUGGAGAAAAAUAUUCGUCAGUUUGCAAUCACGUGUGGCAAUUUAUAGAAAGAGAAGUGUAUAAGUUUGAGGUCAAAGAUUUGUAUACGGCAGUAGCAUCUGUGAUUGAAAAUAUGAAAAAAGUUUAUUAAUUCGCUUGUUAACAAUUACGUUUUGACUGUUGUGCGGUACUUACAAUUGAUAUUGGAAAUAUCCAAGAUUGUAAUAAUUUGUUUCUUAGAAAUUACAUUUGUCAGCAAUUGUUAAAGUUACAACUGUGAAUUUGAAGUAAAUGGUUUCUAUGUGGCAGUAACAACUGCAAUUAAAAGCGUGCAAAAACUGUAAUAAUUAUAUCCAUUGAUUAACUGAAACAUUGUGUUUUUAUUCAAAAUAAAUUUUCAAAAUCAAUUAAGAGAAAACAUUGGUUCAAAAAAAGAAAUAUUAGACAGAGAAAUGUUAAAAUUUACGCUUAAAUUGUACAAUAAUCCAUUACUUUCCAGAAAAGCAGUCGGGGAGAUAAUUGAAACAUUUGACGAUUUCAUAUCAGAACUAUUUAUUCCAUUUCUUCAAAGUGAAAUAAAGAGCAACUUAGCACAUUUACAGCAUGAACAAUCUUUUAAGCAAGUACAAUUUAUUUUGGAAAACAAUAAGCAAUGAAUAAAAUGCUUUCAAUAAAAUGCUUUCAUGCUUAAUUCAAUUUAAUGAAUUUUCUACUGAACACCGGAGAUUCAAACUUUAUAAAGAUCAGAGUUUCUAUAUUGAACCAGAAGAGAUUGAAAUUGGGGAAGAAGCUAUUCAUGUCAUUAAGGAUCCAGAAAACAUUGAGGUUAAAAUGAAGAAAGUCUACGCAGAUUAUGUUCCCUUAAAGAAAACGUUGGAAAAUUUUUUUAAAAUACCAGAAAUGUUUGAAGAAACGAAUGAACAUUAUAAAAAACUGAUGGCAGAAAAGGAUGUUAUAUCUAACUUUGUGCAAGGAGAUCUCUGGCGCAAAAAAUAUUGCUUGCAAAAUGAAGAAAAAAUUGUAUUCCCUAUUGGACUUUACUUUGAUGAAUUUCAGACUGGAAAUGUGUUGGGGAGCCACGCCCUUGAACAAAAAUUUGGAGGAGUUUACAUAUCAAUCCUGUGCUUACCACCUCAUUUAAUUGCGAAAUUGGAAAACAUAUUUGUUUUAACCAUUUUUUACUCAAAGCAUUUGCAAGAAUUUGGAAAUAAAAAUAUAUUCUCGAGAAUUAUUCAAGAUUUAAAUCUAGUAUCUGAUGAAGGCAUUAAAAUCAAUGUAAAUGGAAAGUAUUUAUAAGUUUAUUUUGAAUGUGCCCAAAUAUUUAGAGAUAAUUUAGGGUUAAAUUAUAUAUGUGGUUUCCAGAAAAGUUUCAUAGCAUUACAUUAUUGCAGAAUUUGCAAAGCUUCUUCCAAGCAAUGCCAAGAAAUGCUUGUCGAAAAUAAAAAAUUGAUUAGAACAAUCGAAUCAUACGAAAAAGAUUUGUCAACAGACGAUUCAAAAUCAACUGGUAUCGUUAAAGAGUGUGUUUUUCACAUGGUAAACAAAUUCAACAUCACGGAAAAUGUAUCUGUUAAUUUUGCUCAUGAUCUGGAGGAAGGGGUCGCUGUUUAUUCUCUUAGUGGAGUUCUGGAACAAUUAAUUAAGGAUAAGGAAAUAAACGUUUCCUUAUUCAGAUGCAGAAAAACCGAAUACGCCUAGACCGUUGUUUUUUUCUCCUGACAAGAACGGCCGAUUUAAAUUAAAAAUUAAGCAAUCAGCUUCAGAGAUGCUCUGUCUUGUCAGGUAUUUAGGUUUGACACUGGAAAUUGUAUAUCAUACUUAGAAAGUUAGUUAGUGUUCUAACGUCUCCAAGGCUGACUAGGGGUGAAAUCGAAAACGUCAGGGAAAUUAUUCAAAAGCAUAAUGCAGUUUAUAUUAGUCUUUUUGGAGCACUGAAGCCAAAAAUGCAUUUUCUGAUUCACUACGUAACAGUCAUGUUGUUAAAUGGUCCAGUGAUCCAUUAUUCCACCUUAAAAUUCGAAAGGAAAAAUAAAUCUUUAAAAGAAGUGACACGUAGUACAUACCGCAAGCAAUGUAAACCUGCCACUAACAAUUGCCAUUAGGCAUCAACUGCAACAGUGUUACAACUUGGAGUGUUGUCAAAAUGUUAAAAGUGACCUUUCGCUUGGACCGAUAAAAAAUCAAAAUGAAUUGCUUGAAACAAAAGAUCUAAUUACAAACAUACCAGAAAACUCAAUUGUAACAACAUUAAAAUCUGUAGAUAUUUUGGGAAAAAGUUUUUCUGAUGGGACGUUCCUAGUAACCAAAAUCACGGAGGAAAACCCCAAGUUUGGCGUGAUUAAGAAGAUUUUUAUUUGGAAUAAUAAUACUUACUUUCAAAUCAAUGAAUUUGAAACCCUCUAUUUCAAUCACUAUUGCCAUUCUUAUCAAGUAAAAUCAAAUCAGAGGAAUUGUGAUACUAUUGUUAAUAUAAAUCUGCUCCCUAAAUUACCGCCGUGUUUAUAUGUGACCUGGAAUGUUAAAAGGGACCUUAGGUCAAAAAAAUCUAUUUUCAGUUUUUUAGUGAUUCUUAUAGAAAACGAUCUGCUCUUUUCAACGCAAUGAAGCCCACACCUCUAGCUUUAUUAGUUUUUUUACAAUUGCGCUUCAAAGAUGGACGCAAUUGUCUAAAAAAACGUAGAAAAACAUCAGCACAAAAGAAAUGUAUAAAAAGUGAUCAGAUUUGCUUGAAACUUGUUACUCGAGGGUUUUUGGGGUCGCUGAUUACGAAUCUGACAUCAGAUUUUUAAAACUCAAAAUGGCCGAUCCAAUAUGGCGGAUAAAAAUUUUAAAAUUAUUUAAAUUUGCCUAAAAUUAAUUUCUUAGGGGUUUUUGGGGUCGCUGAUUCAAAAUGGUUUUAUAACGAAGCGAACAGUAGAAAAACUAACCUUAUUAUAUCAUAAUAAAAAAAGAAUAACGACAGUGAUCGCCAAUUUUUCGUCAAAUUGAUUGCAGGAAUUAACAAAAGAAUAACGAUAGUGAUAGUCAAUUUUUCGUCAAAUUGACGAUCACUGGAAUUAAUUUUAACAAACUUUUUAUUUUUAAAUUUUUAUUUGAAGGGGUUUUGUUAAUUCUUUUGACAAUUUAAUAUUGAUAAAAAUUGAAAAUUAUUAAAAAUUUCAGUAAAAAGUUAC